CGAUCGCGCACGCGUGCAGAUCAGCUGGCAUCAUAUCGGAUACCGGUACAUCGAGCGUAUCGGUGUGCCACCAAAAUUCUGAUGGGAUAUUUUCAAUUGAAGCGGUAAAUGUUGGAAGCUCUUGAUGUUUGUGUGAAUAUAUUCAGAUGCAGAAACUUUGAAUGAUAUUUGGAUUAUCAUUUUAAUUUGCAACACUUCAGCGGCCGGAGAGUUUCCCGUAGAGGUAGCUAGCGUCAUUCGGCCGGUUUUUGCUGCAUGCGUGCAGCCGACGCCGCUGCGGCCAGUGGAGACGGUACGGUAGUCGGGACGGCUCUGGGAAGGCGAGGGAUCAUUGCCAUUCAGAUCAGCUGGGCCGGGUUUGCACAAAGAAAGACGGUCAUCAGGGACUUCCUUUCGCUCAACCUCGUGGAGUUUAAUCGUGUGGAUUCUUAAUUUUAGAUAAUCUCUAGAACAAGCAAGAAAUAUUGUUAAAAUGGAAGGGAGUGAGAGGGAUUGCAGUGUUCUUGGAGGCCUAUUUCAAAGUGUGAUUAAUGAUAUGAAGUCACAUACGCCUCUUUGGGAUGAUUUCUCGAGCAAAGCCGGCAAGCUUCACACACAGCUCAGGGCCACCAUCACGGUCCUGUCAGCCUUCUUGGAUGCAUUCCAGCGGUUGGCUGAUGCUGCCACCAACACAAGAGGUAGGCAACGUGGGGGUACUCAAUAGACUUCAUGUUACAUGAAUAUCGUGUGAACCAGAUUACAUGUAGCUCUUUAAAAUAUAGGCCUUCAUGUACAUUGUUAUUCACAUAACAGAGUAGUUUGUACGCUAUUAUUACAACAGCCUGUAUUGGUGGAAAAUUGUUCUAUACAAAGUUCUGUUUUAACUAAACCUUCAUUCCUUACGUUUCCAUAAAAAACUUUAAACAGGUUAGGUUAGAACUUAUGUGACUUGAAUUUGACAAAACUGCUGUCAGACACCAGCUUCUGGAAAAUGGAACCCCCUUAAAACAUGCUCUUGAACAUUACAAUAUAUUUUGCUGAGUAGUGCAGUAACUCUACAGAUUAUUUGCUUUUCAAAUAUAAAGCUGCCUCAUUCUUUCUGUUUCGAAAAAAAAGGUACAAUCAUUAGAUUACUUUCAUGUCUAUCAAUAAUUUACAGAAUUCCACUAAAGUAAAGACUGAAAAAAUAUUACAUCUGCCAGUGUAUUCAACAUUUCAUGCCGUGUUACUUUUAAUCAGAAUAAUUCAUGGGUCAUUUAUAUCAAUCCAAAUGAACUAUAAAUAGCAGGUCAAAUCGCCAUGUAUAAGCCAGUGGACUUAUGUAAUACCCCCCUGAUUCACGUGAACUUGCGUCAGCAUUGGUUGAUGAUGAAUUCUAACCGGGAUCCGCCUGAACUGCUCAUGAACUUGGCUACUUGCAAUAAAUACAGCAAAUAUAGAUGAUAUUUCUACUAAUCCGCAUCCAUGCAGUUGGAACUCGAUAUCAAGGAUAUUAGGUUGAUUGGAAAAAUAUUCAGGCAUAGUCGGCCGUCGUGGCUAAAACAAAGGGAAUCCCCUAAUAUUUAGAUUAACAAAACCUCCAGCGCGAGGGUUACAUUUACGAUCGGACCUACAGUACCUGUAAUUGUACAAGCACUGGGUAAUUUAGAAAAGCUGAAUUAUGAAUUUAUCUGAUUUGACAGAGAUGCUACUUUGUGUGGUUGAGGAAAACUGAGUCACCACUUAAUUAUUGGAUAAAAAGCAUAUUCAUUUCUCUUCAUGUUCAUAUUCCAUUACAUGUAUAUUCAGACCACAGUAUCUUAUUCAUAAAUAUAUUUAAAAUGGUAUUGGUCACAAACUGAAAUUGGGGUCAUCGUACUUGCUAAUGGAAUUCAGAAUCCUGCUCAAGAUAAAAAUUAAAUUUGAGAUUUAAUUGUGUAUUUAUUUAUUUUUUCAUCAAUGAAGGAAUAUUUUGUUUUUAGCA